UGAACGCUGAGCUGCCAAAUGAUUUGCACCCCCAAAAACCGAAUCAAAAGAAGGGCGAGGGGAGACCCAAGCCGCGGCGCCAACGCCUUAGAUGUCCUGAAAAAUAUGAGAUAAACCUCGAUAAUUUUUUCUUUUUCCUCUGUGGCUUUGCUCGUUUUGCUUCAUCGGAGAGAGAGAGAGAGAGAGAGAUAGCGAGAGAGCGAGCGCAGUUAAGGAGAAAAGAAGGGGUCCGGAAACCCUAGAGUCUUUGCUUCCCGAGGAAGUGGCGGAGAGAAGGAGGCGGUAGCAAGGUCGGAUUACGGAGAGUCGGCGAUGCUGUACUUUUAAGAUUCGAAUCCAUUAUCAUGGUCAGAGAUUAAUUGGAGAAAUGAUAUGAAGAAAUAGAAAAGUAGGAAGUUUGGUGGUUAGUUCUAUUUGAAUAGAUUGGCAAAGUAAUAAAUUUGGGGGUAAUUAUUCUUCUUGCUCCCUUUCUCAAAGAGUUGAGGUGCGACUAAUUUGACCAGUUUUGGAGUUAUGUAUUACGACAACGGUUGAUCUGGAACAUAGGUGGCUGUUCAGGGACAUUUUGUUGUUUAAUUUCCCCGUUAAGAAGAAUCAGUUUAGGGAAAAGUAAUGUCUGCUUCAUGUAAAAGGUGGAUUGAUGGCCUCCAGUUCUCAUCCCUCUUCUGGCCUCCUCCACCAGAUGAGAAACAACGACAGGCGCAGGUUAUGGCUUAUGUUGAGUAUAUUGCUCAGUUUACUUCAGAGCAAUUUCCAGAAGAUAUUGGAGAGAUAAUACGGAAGCGAUACCCUAGCAAAAAUGUUUGUCUUCUAGAUGACGUACUGGCAAUCUUUGUACUUCAUCAUCCAGAGCAUGGACAUGCUGUUAUUCAUCCAAUACUUUCUUGUAUAAUUGAUGGGACAUUGAUGUAUGACAAGAAUUAUCCUCCAUUCAGCUCUUUCAUUACAUUAUUCAGCCCAAGAAGUGAGGAGGAUUAUUCCGAACAAUGGGCUCUGGCAUGUGGUGAAAUUUUGAGGGUAUUGACCCACUACAACCGUCCAAUUUACAAGGUUGAAAAUCAAAAUAGUGAAACUGAAAGGAGAAGCAGUGGCAAUCAUGCAUCAACCAGUGACAGACUGGAAAAAGAGCCCAGUCAUCCUCUUCUUCUUGAGCAUGAAAGGAAACCAUUCAGGCCUUUAUCUCCAUGGAUUACUGACAUCUUGUUAGCUGCCCCACUAGGUAUAAGAAGUGACUAUUUUCGCUGGUGUGGUGGAGUUAUGGGCAAGUAUGCUGCUAGUGGAGAACUCAAACCACCAACAAUUGCUAGCAGCCGUGGAACUGGAAAACACCCUCAGCUCAUGCCAUCAACUCCUAGGUGGGCUGUUGCGAAUGGAGCUGGUGUGAUUCUGAGUGUGUGUGAUGAAGAAGUUUCCAGAUAUGAAACUGCAAAUUUAACUGCAGCUGCUGUCCCUGCCCUUUUACUACCUCCUCCAACAACAGAUCUGGAUGAACAUCUAGUUGCAGGGUUGCCUGCUCUUGAGCCAUAUGCACGCUUGUUUCACAGGUACUAUGCAAUAGCUACUCCAAGUGCAACACAAAGACUUCUACUUGGUCUUUUGGAAGCACCGCCUUCUUGGGCACCAGAUGCACUUGAUGCUGCUGUGCAGCUUGUGGAGCUUCUUAGGGCAGCUGAAGAUUAUGCAACUGGAAUGAGGCUCCCAAGGAACUGGAUGCAUUUGCACUUCCUUCGUGCUAUUGGCACAGCAAUGUCCAUGAGGGCAGGCAUUGCUGCAGAUGCUGCUGCCGCUUUACUUUUCCGAAUACUUUCUCAGCCUUCAUUACUUUUUCCUGCUGCUAGACCAACUGAAGGCAUAGGUGUCCCUCGUGGACCUCUUGGUGGUCUGCCUUCGUGCUAUAGUAAACAGGUUGAAGUUCCUGCCCUGGAUGCUACAAUAGAAGCUACAGCUCAAGGAGUUGCAUCACUUUUAUGUGCCCAUGGACCUGAGGUUGAAUGGAGAAUCUGUACAAUCUGGGAAGCUGCAUAUGGCUUACUUCCUUUGAGUUCAUCAACUGUUGAUUUACCUGAAAUAGUGGUAGCCACCCCAUUGCAGCCACCAGUUCUAUCGUGGAAUCUGUAUCUUCCACUGCUCAAAGUGUUGGAGUAUCUCCCUAGGGGAGGGCCUGCUGAAGCAUGCCUUAUGAGGAUCUUUAUAGCUACUGUUGAAGCAAUUCUGAAGAGAACAUUUCCUUUGCAUCCUUCAAAAGUUCAGGUAAAGUUGUCACGCUUCACCAGCAAUGGUAUAUCUUCAAAUUCAAAGGGUCUUGCCGUGGCAGAACUUCGUACAAUGGUUCAUUCUUUAUUUCUCGAGUCAAAUGCUUCAGCAGAUCUUGCCUCUCGUCUAUUGUUUGUAGUGUUGGCAGUUUGUAUUAGUCAUGAAGCUCUGCCAAAAGGAAGUAAAAGUCCCCCUGGUGAUGGGAGAGGUACAAUUCAUUACUCAGAGAUGGUGUCUGAAGAAACAGUGAAUGAAAAAUCCGCAAACAUCCGAAACCAGAACAAAACAAAAGGACCAGUAUCAGCAUUUGAUUCGUAUGUGCUGGCAGCUAUAUGUGCUCUGGCAUGUGAGCUUCAAUUGAUUCCUCUUAUUUCACAAAAUAACAAAGCACCUAGUUCUAGAGACUUGACUAAUGCCAGGACAGCAAAGGUUAAUGGAGCAUCUUCUCAUUUAAGAAAUGAUACGUGCUCAGCAGUAUGUCAUACACGUAGGUUUUUGGGAAUUUUAGAGGCACUAUUUUCAGUGAAACCAUCUUCAGUUGGCUCAAUGUGGAGUUACAGUUCUAAUGAUAUAGUAGCUGCUGCUAUGGUUGCUGCUCACGUUUCUGAGCUCUUUCGAAGGUCAAAGCCUUGCAUGCAUGCACUUGCUGUUCUAAUGCGGUGUAAAUGGGACACUGAGAUAUGCAACAGAGCCUCAUCACUCUAUCACCUUAUAGACAUUCAAUGGAAAACUGUUGCCUCAAUAGUGAAUAAGGCAGAACCCUUGGAAGCACAUGUACUGCGUGUUCCUGAAAGGAAUGAAUCUGAUGCGUGCUUCCAUGUCAGGAAACAGUUGAAGUCAUCAAACAUUGACAGUUUGAAAGCAGGUGAAGAAUCAUCAUCCGAGAGGGAAGGAGAUAAUGUAUCAGAUAUGUUCUUAAAAUGCAAAAAGCCAACGGUCCUGAAUGAUGCAAUACUAAGUACAUCUGGAAAAAGUGUAGCAAAUCUUCCUGUAGAUGCAUUAGAUCUUGCUAAUUUCCUAACGACAGAUGGAUAUGUUGGAUUUAGCUGCAAUGCACAGAUUCUUUUAAGAUCAGUGCUUGCAGAGAAGCAAGAAUUGUGCUUCUCUGUUGUAUCUUUACUGUGGCACAAGUUGAUCGGUGCACCUGAAAUGCAAAUGAGUGUUGAAGGCACAUCUGCCCAGCAAGGGUGGAGGCAGGUAGUCGAUGCAUUGUGCAAUGUUGUAUUGGCCUCACCAACAAAGGCAUCAACGGCAAUUGUCCUUCAGGCAGAUAGAGAUUUGCAGCCUUGGAUUGCAAGAGAUGACGAGCAAAGCCAGAAAUUGUGGAGGAUCAAUCAGAGAAUUGUUAAUUUGCUAGCAGAACUUCUUAGGAACCAUGGCACACCAGAAUCGUUGAUGAUUAUUGCUAGUGCUUCGGAUCUUCUUCUCCGAGCUACUGAUGGAAUGCUUAUUGACGGAGAAGCAUGUACAUUACCACAGUUGGAGCUAUUGGAAGCAACAGCUAGAGCAGUUGAACUUGUUUUUGACUGGGGUGAAGCAGGAUCUGCUGUUGCCGACGGCCUAUCAAAUUUAUUAAAGUGCCGUCUUCCUGCAACUGUUCGCUGCCUGUCUCAUCCCAGUGCACAUGUCCGUGCCCUCAGCACAUCGCUUCUGCGAGACAUCUUACAUAUCGAUUCCCUCAAAUCCAAUCCUGUACAAGAGGAUGUAAGGGGAAUUCCCGUGCCUCCUUACCGCACCUUAACAAUCGGUACCAUCAACUGGCACGCUGACCUUGAGAAAUGUGUGGCAUGGGAGGCACACAGCAGGCGUGCUACUGGAUUGACGCUCACUCUGCUUGUUGCUGCUGCGAAGGAGUUGGGUUGUGUUGUUCCUGUCUGAAUUCUCCGUAGUUAACUAUGUUAGAUAAGCCAAUAACUCUAAUAUCGUGUUAGAAAAAUUCAAACUCAAGAACAUCGAUGAAUGAAAAUUGCGGCAAGCGGCAGAUUAAUAGAAGUAAGAGAAUUUCCAAGAGA